UAAUUUCAUGGAAUUAUAAAAGGUGCUUACUUAUAUGUAAUUUUAUUUCUAUAUGUGUUCUAGAAAUAUGGCGUCGGAUGCCUCACUUAGUGACCAGAUGGAGGUCACUGAUGCUUCUCAACCUCAGAGAGCUGCCACUGAAGGCUCGAAGAGCCGUUGUCAUAAGACAAGGAGUGGCAGUUCGGAAGCAGCUGCAAAACUUAGAGCAAAAGCCUUGGCGCUUAAAAGGCCCACUAAAGCGCAGGAGAAGGCGGAAAAACGCCGCCAGAAGGCGCUGGAAAGACAGGGAGGCCCAGUUCUACACCUAUCAACUUGGUAGCAUCACAAGGGGAUAGGCAGACCAUAGACCAGGUGACAGAAAUGCCUGAGUUAGUGCGGAAAUGGAUCGCAGAGGCGGUUCACCGGGAACUUGAGGCAGGCAAAAGUCGUAACAGGCAAUCUGUUCUUGGGGCGGAAGCCCAGUCACAGGAUAGGGAUCAGGUAGAAACAGAACCAGCAGACGGACACAUGGGGUCGCGUUCUGACAGCUCUGAUUCGCCUUCAGAGGCGGAGAGUUCCCCAUCCAUGGAGGAUGAACAAUGGGACCAGGAAUUGUCUGAGGAGGAAGGUUUUUUACCGGAGCAGCCCAUGUUUAAAGGGCUGUUCAGGCCUCAUCUUUUUAAGGCCUUGUUGAGUAAAGCUAAGGCGGUUACUAAACAGGGACUCCUAGGGGAACAAAGCGCCUGUCCAGAGCAGGACCCUGCAGACAUGCUUUUUUCUGAACCAACGGUGGAGACGGAGACAGUUCCUGCUCCUAAAUUAUUUCUAGAUAUGAUUAAGAAACAGUGGGAAGCCCCGGCCGCAUUACCGAACAUGUCCUCCCUUGAGAGACGGUUUUUUAACACGGCUUCUGACCUGAUGGAACUCCUGAGAGUGCCUGAGGUGGAUGACCCGGUUUUGGCCCUGGCUUCCUCUUCGGCCACCUUGGUUGAACCUGAGGAAGUUUUGAAGCCAGAGGAUCGGAAGUUGGAGCAGGCCCUCACGAAGACGCAUCAGGCGGCAGCCUGGGGUAUAAGGGCGGCCACAGCAGCAUCCUUCUUCAGCAGGGCCGUCCUCCUGUGGCUUAAACAAAUGCAGGAGAAAGUGCCGGUGACCGAUCUGAGGACUCAUCAGGAUUUCAACAAGAUAGUGGCAGCUGUGGAAUACACAGCGGAUGCCACUAUGUCCUCCGCGAAAUAUGUGGCAAAGUCGAUUGCGUCCUCGGUCACAGCACGGAGGUUUCUUUGGUUAAAAAAUUGGCAGGCAGACACAAAGCGCAGAUGGCGAUUGGCCUCUGUGCCAUUUAAAGGUGCAAAGUUGUUUGGUGAGGCUUUGGAGCCCGUGUUGACGGAAACUAAGGGGAAGAAGAAGGUGUUGACUGCCUUGUCAAGGAGAGGGGAUACAAGGUUUUCCCCCUCCUUUCGGAAGUCUUAUUUUCGUCCCUAUUGGGGGUCGGCCUUUGGCAGAUAUCAGAGAGGUUUUCAAACACAGGGAGGUCAGUGGGGCCACUAUCAUCACUCAGAGGAGGGGUCCUCUGACAAAGGCAGGUCCCGCGGUCAGUCACGGCGUCCUUUUCGGGGGAGGGGCAACCGCUCCUUCCGCAGACACCGCUGACGGCAGGCAUCAGGCUCCCAUUGGUGGCCGUCUAGGGCUGUUCGCCGACCAGUGGGAGAAAACCACCUCCGAUCUAUGGAUAAGGGAGACCAUUUCAUCAGGUCUCUCACUAGAAUUUCUUGCACCCCCUCCGACGGUCUUAUUUCGAUGUCCCAGGUCUCGAGAUGCGACAAAAAGAGAGAUCAUGGACACUGCGGUUCAGCACUUGCUGAACA